AUGUAUUCAGUGGGUGUGUUGGUGUCGAUUUUGGCGUGGCUGACGUAUGUGGGGCCGGGCAAUAGUCAGUCUCCACAAGUGCCGCCUCCAGUCAAAUCAGCUAAUGAACUUUAUGGCUUUGAUGAGGUGAAGGCACGUUCUUUUAUGGUCAAAAACAUCAAGACGUCAUUCCAGUCCUACUACACGUACCUGGCAAUUUCCUAUUGUUUCGCACGUCACAAUAUCUCGCUUCCCGGUUUCGAGAAAUUGUUCCGAUCCUACACGGAGAUGGAGCGACAGAAUGCAGAGAAAAUCAUGCUAUACAUGAUACAGAGAGGGAUGACUUUCGAGUUUCAUUCUAUUAAUCCCAGUAAGAAACUAUCUUCACAGUGCUAUGAACGCGCCGAUACUGGUGCAACUGAAUGGAGUUACGUUAUGAGUGUAAUUGACUUUGCUCUUGGUGACCAGAAGCAUAGAUUAAACCUACUCAAGAAAACUCACUAUGCUGCGGUUACGAAUGACUUCCCACAUCUGAAACAUUUUCUAGAGGACGAAUGUAUGGACCAGAAGUACCUGAAGAUCAAAGAGAUCGCUGACAUUCAUGCUCGCUUGAAAAGGAUUAAAGAUAGCACAUCUCCAAAUUUAGGGCUCUACCUGUUUGACCGAAGUCUUCUGUCAUGA